AUGGGCCGUGGACCAAAAAAGCAUCAGAAGCGCCUCAGUGCGCCUUCGCACUGGCUCUUGGACAAGUUGUCCGGCUCCUAUGCCCCUCGCCCAUCUCCUGGUCCCCACAAGCUGAGAGAUUGUUUGCCUCUCGUUGUCUUCAUCCGCAACCGUCUGAAGUACGCCCUCAACGCGCGUGAGACCAACGCCAUCCUCAUGCAGCGUCUCGUCAAGGUCGAUGGAAAAGUCCGCACCGACUCCACUUAUCCCGCCGGCUUCAUGGAUGUGAUCAGCAUUGAGAAGACCGGCGAAAAUUUCCGUCUCGUCUACGACACCAAGGGCCGUUUCACUGUCCAUCGCAUCCAAGCCGAGGAGGCCGAAUACAAGCUUUGCAAAGUCAAGCGCGUGCAGCUUGGCAAGGGUGGAAUCCCAUUCUUGGUUACGCACGAUGCUAGAACGAUCCGCUACCCCGACCCUGCCAUCAAAGUCAAUGACACCGUGAAGGUCGAUCUGGCCACUGGCAAGAUCACUAGCUUCAUCAAGUUUGAUACUGGUGUCAUUGCCAUGGCUACUGGUGGUCGCAACAUGGGACGUGUUGGUGUCAUUACCCAUCGUGAACGCCACGAUGGUGGCUUCAACAUUGUACACAUCAAGGAUGCCAUUGACAACUCAUUUGCUACGCGGGAGAGCAACGUCUUCAUAAUCGGACAAGAAAAACCAUGGAUUAGCCUUCCCAAGGGCAAGGGUGUUAAGCUCUCUAUUGCUGAGGAGCGCGACCGUCGCCGUGCCGUGGCCCUUGCGGGUCACUAA